AUGGACCGCCGUCGCCGCCGCCACUCGUCACGCAGCGAGAGCUACUCGCCACCCCACCAUCACGUCAACUCCAAGAGCGGACGCAGACGGAGCAGUCGCAGUUUCAGUCGCAGUUUCAGUCGCAGCAGAAGCCGCAGCGUCGUCAAUCGCCUGUCACGCUAUGGACCGAAACGGACCAAUGAGCGCUCCGGACGCGACCACAGCGUCAGUCCCCAGCAACUUCCGCCUCGAGGCACGUACCGAGGAAGGAAGAGGGAGGAUACUGGACAUAGCAGAGCUCGAGGCACCAGUCGAAGAAGCCGGAGUCGUAGCAUCCAUGGCCACGCCGCAAGUCGUGAUCGGGACGGGGACCGUCGGACCUCGUCAAGCCAUCGACGCAGUUCUGAGACACGACGCAGACACGAGGAAACAUCACGUGACCGAAGUUGGACCAGAAGUCCCAGUCAACAACGGCGCAGUCCUAGUCGCCGUUAUCAGAGCUCCAGGAAACACGGCCGUCGUCGUCGCAGUGCAAGCUCAAGAGACGGCGGUGACAGUCGACAACGAUGUGCUAGUUUUGAACGCCGUCGCAGUCCGAGUCAACAACGAUAUGGUCCUUGUCGAAGCAGUCCCGGUAGUCAACGUCGACAGAAUAGCCAACACCGUACCGGCAGCUCACAUCGACGCAGUCCUAGCCCUCGCUACCGCAUCUCGAGUGAACAUCGGCGUAGUCGCAGUACUUCGCAGCGCGGUCGAAGUCGGUCACAGUCCGUUUCCCUUAGGCGUCGAAGUCAUGGAGCAAGUUCCAGGUCAAGCUCAUCACCACGAGGCCGCAGUCGCAGUAACGACCGACAGGUCACCGAUGUGCUGGCGGCUGAGCACAUGUCGACUGUUUUGUCCGUGCCAGGGGGCACGCCGCCGCUGAUGAAAGCUGCGAAUCCGACUGAGGUCGAGCAACAGGGGAAGGAGUCAAGUGAGGAGAACGGAAGCUCCGACAAGCAUGGUUCUCCUAUCGUUGAAAAUGAUGAUCGCAGAGAUAGCUCUAUUCGUGGUGCUUCUCAUGGUACAACGACUCACCAUGCGCCCAGUCACCAUUCAGUCCGACAAGAUGCCGCUGCACCUACGCCCUCGCCAGCACAGCAUGAAGUGCUAGCGAAGUCCGUCGCUACUCCGGAUCGAGCAAUCGCUUCCUCUCCACGCGGUGGCCAUAGCAGUGCGUCGUCGCCCAUGACGUUGACAUGUGUCAACGACACUUCGCACACUUUCUCUCCUGCUGUGAAUCCUAUUGUGGCAAAGAGGCGUGAAGCCCACCGCGCGUACCUUAAGAGUAACAGUGAUUACAACCGUGCUCGGAUCAAGUACCUGUCGGUCGAAGCGGACCUCCGGCUGGCUGAAUUUUGGCUGGAAGUCAUGACAAAGAAUCUCGAAGAUGUGGGCAAGCGUAUCGAAGUCCACGACUGGAAUUUCCAAAAAAUCACAGGCCAAGAUGAAUCCGACGUCGCCUAA